AACUUGUCAUACGCAAAUUGCAAUGACGUCUAGUAUGAAGAAACAUAGAAAGAACAAAUGAUCUGCCAAAUGCGAUUGGCUCCAAUUAUCUGAAAUACGACAACAAAAUAAUCCGUUGGUUCUUUCAUUUCCUAACGUUUUGUCGAAGAAACGGAGCAUUCACUCGCUCACUCACUGAUGGCGGAGAAGAGGAAAAGCAGCGUUGUCUCUGUUUGCUUUGCAGUUGUGUGGCUAUGUUUGGUGGUAUUUGCGGUGGCGAUCGAAGGGAGAGUAGUGCCUCUAUUGCAGAGCUACGAGAAAUCCGGUUUUCGAUCGACCUUUAGUGCGAUUUAUGAUACUUCUAAGUAUGGUAUUCUCCAACUCAGCAACGGCUUGGCUGAGACGCCUCAGAUGGGAUGGAAUAGCUGGAAUUUCUUUGCCUGCAAUAUCAAUGAGACAGUUAUCAAGGAAACAGCUGAUGCACUUGUCUCAACGGGUUUGGCUGAGCUAGGUUAUGUGUAUCUCAAUAUAGAUGAUUGCUGGUCUUCCAAGAAGCGGAAUUCAGAGGGUCAAUUGGUCCCAGAUCCAAAAGCUUUUCCAUCUGGAAUUAAAGCUCUUGCUGAUUAUGUACACACGAAGGGCCUCAAGCUUGGAAUUUAUUCUGAUGCUGGGGUUUUUACAUGUGAAGUUCGACCAGGAUCGCUUUAUCAUGAAAAUGAUGAUGCAGAACUAUUUGCUUCUUGGGGUGUAGAUUAUUUGAAAUAUGACAACUGCUUCAAUCUGGGUAUCGAACCAAAAGAAAGAUACCCACCAAUGCGGAAUGCUCUAAAUGCAACUGGACGCACAAUUUUCUAUUCACUUUGUGAAUGGGGUGUGGAUAACCCAGCCUUAUGGGCAGACAAGGUUGGAAACAGCUGGCGGACUACUGAUGACAUCAAUGAUUCAUGGGCAAGCAUGACUACUAUUGCCGAUCUGAAUGACAAAUGGGCAGCCUAUGCGGGUCCUGGUGGAUGGAAUGAUCCAGAUAUGUUGGAAGUUGGCAAUGGAGGCAUGACAUUCCAAGAGUACCGUGCUCAUUUUAGCAUCUGGGCUUUGAUGAAGGCCCCUCUUUUGGUCGGUUGUGAUGUAAGAAACAUGACUACGGAAACUUUUGAGCUUCUAACCAAUAAGGAGGUUAUUGCUAUAAACCAAGACCCACUUGGGGUUCAGGGAAGGAAAGUUUAUGUUUCAGGAACAGAUGACUGCCUUCAGGUUUGGGCGGGUCCUUUAUCUGAACAUCGCUUGGUUGUUGCUCUUUGGAAUCGCUGUUCGAAAGCGGCAACUGUCACAGCUGCAUGGGAAAAACUUGGGCUUGAGUCCAGCACGAGUGUCUCAAUUAGAGAUUUGUGGCAGCACAAAGAUGUUUCGGGAGAUGCAGUGUCAUCAUUCAGUGCCCGAGUGGAUGCCCAUGACUGUAAGAUGUAUACUUUCACUCCCCAGACGGUGUCUCGGACGGUGGUUUAAGCCAUCAAACAAUCAGUGGGGCUGAAGCUCAUAAGAUUGGGAUCCCUUUGUAAAGUUAAAAACAAAAUGCCAAUGCAUGGCAGUUAGUAUCUCCAAGUUGUGUUGCCGGUUGUCUAUAAGCUUUUCAUUGGUAACAUAAAAGACUUGCCGAGUUGUAUCUGUAAUGUAUUUCUCGGACUAAUGAGUAAUGAAAGUUAAAUACUGUUAAGUCUGAAGUGCAAAACUUUUGAGAAUAAUAUUGUAAAUUUGUAAUGCUUUCGAAUAAAAAGUAUCUCUAAUGCUGUUCAUUCUUUC